AAAUAUUGAAAAAUGUCACGGUGAGUUCUGUUAGCUACAUUCCAUGGCUAAACAUGGGUAUAGAAGCAAACUAAACCUCAGGCCUAGUCCGAAAGAGAGGAUUAAUCUGCAGUCCUUACGAUCACAGGCUAAACUCAUUCGAGAGAAAUAUAUCGACCAGAGGCAGUCUAGUAACUACCAGAAUGUCAAGCCUAUGAAUUUUGAGAUGAAAAUGAGCUACAGGAACAAGCUGAGUUUUGACUGGAAAGCAGAAAUCGAAAGGAAGAAAAGGAAAUUUAGAGGAAGAAGCAAACCUAAAUUUAUGAAAUCUAAACUGGGCUUGUACACCCCACAGAAGAUAUUCUCUGAGAAGAAAUUUUCCAGAAAGAUAGAGAUAAGACCUGAAACCACACAGAAGAUCAUUAUACUAAAAAAGAAAUAAAACUUCCGAAGAGAAAAAGCAAAUUGGAUCUUCAAAGCAGUCAGUUUUAUUGAAGAAAGAUACUUUGGGGUCCACCAAAGGUCCGAAUAGGACGACCAAGAAUCUGAGUUCCUUUGUAGCUUCACAGAAUUCUAAGGAGAAAUUUAGUUCUUUCUUAAUGAAAGGAGAAACUAUCAGUAAAAAUACUCAGAAGUUACAAAAUACACAGGCUUCUUUGCCGAGUCUUAAAGUGUAUGAUUCGUUCAGGCCUCUUUCUUCAGAACAGUCGAAAUCAAACUUUCUGGUUGGUUUCAACAUGAAGGUAGCCCAAAGUGCUUCAAAACUCGAAAAUGAAAAUUUCAACUUUGAUCAAAGACACAAUAGCAAAGAAAGACGGCAUCUAUGUUACAACUGCAAAUGUGAUAUCGAGAAGAGCAAAAUCUCCAGAAUUAUGAGUCAAGCCAGACACAGAGAGAAGCCUCGGCCAAAAAUCUCGAAGAAAGAAUACAGAAUGCUAUACAAACCACGGUUGAAACUCAAAGUUGAUGCACCAAGAAAGAUUCCAUCAUUGAAGAAGGAGAAGGACCCAGCUACCCAAAAGAUGGCAAUCACUGGGUGGAAAAUGAAGGAUGAUGAUAAUUUCCUCGAAGUUGAUCAAUCUAUUAGUGAGUAUAUUAAACACAAUCGGCAUGAAGAGUAAGCUGAUUGGAUUUAUUUCAG